AUGAAAAUAGCAAAUACGGAGAAAAUGGAAAGAUUUAAACAGUUCAAAACCAACAAAACUACCUUAGCAUUCAUAGUAAACCCUCUCAACUCAAAUAGUAACGAAAUUCACGUUGAGCCAUUUGGAAUUCAUACUGGAUCUUUAGAAAUGCAAUUGAUCGAUUUAAAAUGUAAAGCGUUGUAUAGUGGAACAUUUCCAGAAUUGAAAAGCAAGCUGGAAGAGUUGGAAGUCCAGAAAUGUAUGUACGUAACCAAAAAAAGGACAGCUUUGAAAGAAAUGCCCCGAAUUGAGGGACUUAUAUUCGACGCAUGGAAUAGUCUUCCAGAUUGCUACAGUAAGAAUAAGGCCUACUGUUUAGGAGAUACCUACCUCAUGAUUUUAUCGCAAAAAACAGAGGGAGUAACCAUUCUAAGCUCUGUACAAAAUCCAAACAAUUCAGAUUUGGAGGAAACUGAAAUUGAGAAUGAUGGCCAAUUAGAAGAAGAAUUGAAUUCCCUAUUGGAAUUGCCACAUAACAGAGAUACCAUGGAAGAACUUUCCGAACCAAAUGAUACUUCUGAUACUGAUAGGGAAGAGGUUAUUGAGAAAAAUAAUUAG